AUGGCUGAUAAGGUAACUCUCUUGAAUGCCUGGCGCAGCCCUUUUGGGAUCCGGGUGAAAAUUGCCUUGGCCGAGAAAGGUAUCGAGUAUGAGCACAAGGAAGAGAACUUGCAAGACAAGAGUCCUCUGCUUCUGAAGAUGAACACUGUUCAUAAGAAGAUUCCCAUUUUGAUCCAUAAUGGGAAACCCAUCUGCGAAUCCCUCAUCAUUGUUCAAUACAUUGAUGAGGUUUGGAAGGAGACUUCUCCUUUGUUGCCCUCUGAUCCUUACCUCCGAGCUCAAGCCAGGUUUUGGGCUGAUUUCGUUGACAAGAAGGUUAGAGAUGGGAGAAGGAAAGUGAUGACGACAGAUGGGAAAGAGGCUGGAAAGGAGUUGAUAGAGAGCUUGAAAUUGUUGGAAGGAGAGCUUGGAGAGAAACCUUACUUCGGAGGAGAGAAGUUUGGCUGUGUGGAUUUGAGCCUUAUUCCCUUCUAUUCUUUUUUUAAUUCCUUCAAGACGUAUGGGAACUUAAGCAUAGAAGCCGAGUGUCCAAAGAUUAUUGCAUGGGCUAAAAGGUGCCUGCAGAAGGAGAGUGUAUCCAAGUCCCUUGCUGAUCAACAAAAGCUCAAAUCACUUCUUUGAGCAGAUGAGGAAGGACCGUCGUGUAGGUAUCAUGGACCUCCGCUGGGAUUGUGAUAUGGCGCGUAGCGUAUGUACACACGCUAGGGUUCGACCCUAAUGAGGUGAGAGUUAUGGGUAAAUGUCAAGGGAGGGAUACAUGUUAUGGGUAAAAGAGAGUCGCCACCUAGAAAGGGUCUAGGACCCCUAAAUAUCUCCCCCAAUCAAGGGAGAAAGACUA